AUGUCAUUCACUUCCAUCCCCAUCUUAGAUCUAGCCCUCUCUAGGGAUGCGCAGACAAAACCGCAGUUUCUAGCCGACCUACGACAUGCCUUAAUGGAGGUUGGUUUUCUAUAUCUUAAAAACGUCGGUAUUCCGAACGAGCUCUGGCAACAAGUCAUAUCGGAAGGAAAGGCGUUUUUCGACAUACCAAAGGAAGAAAAGCUUAAGAUCGAGAUGAAGAACGCGCCGUCAUUCCUGGGCUACUCGCAGCUCUCGGCCGAGAUUACAGCCGGCAAGAUAGACCAUAGGGAACAGAUCGACCUGUCUACAGAACAUCCUAUCCCGAAGUCCGACGCGCCGCUAUAUGAGAAUUUACUCGCGCCUAAUCAAUGGCCCUCGCAAGAGGUAUUGCCCAACUUCCGCGCAGUCUACACUGACUACAUAAGACGCAUGGGCACUAUCUCGAUAGAAUUCACAUCCCUGAUCGCAGAGGCCAUCGAGCUACCUUCCGAUGCGUUUAACCGGUAUUUCGAUCCGGAUCAGCAGCACAAGUUGAAGAUCGUUAAAUAUCCCGAUGUAUCCGAAUUAGGGCUGGGUGAUGGUGUUGAAGGCCAAGGAGUUGGUCCGCAUAAGGAUAGUAUGUUGACAAGUUAUCUAUUGCAAGCAAGCAACCAUAGGGGAUUGCAGGUCCAAAAUAUGCAAGGUAAAUGGAUCGACUGCCCACCGAUCGACGGCACAUUAGUAGUGGCUAUCGGACAAGGCUUAGAGGCCCUGACACAAGGAGUUUGCGCGUCGACAACCCAUAGGGUCCUGUCACCUGAGGCGGGUAAGGGUGCGAGAUUCUCGAUCCCAUUCUUCCAGGGCGUCCGAGCCUCUACGACGUUCGAGGAGCUGGACGAGGUCGGCGUCGGGCAAGUGCCAGAGGGGAUCAAGCAGCGGCGGCAGAAAGUACUGGAAGCGAAUGGGGGUAGGCUUGAUGAUGUCGAGUUUACCUUUAGGAAGGGCGGUGUAGCAUCGACGCUGGGCGAGGCAACACUAAGAAAUAGAGUCAAGAGUCACCCAGAUGUGGGGGAGAGAUGGUAUCCGGACAUCUUGAAAGACAUACGAGAGCAGCAGGCCAAAGAGGCGGCUCAGAAGCAAGAGGCGCAAGGAACGUCGAACAAUGCCAACACCCCUGCGAGCGGAGGGGUUGUAGAUAUCAACACCCAGGCGCAAGCAGUGGAAGCACACUAA